UUUCGAUACCUUUCCAGGAAUAUGACUCUUUCUUUCUACUAAACACCAAUAACCGCCUGUACCGAACAUGCUUGCAUCACCAGCAUCGACCAACACCAGUCUGCCACAUCAAGGCGGUCUAUGGAACAGGUUAAAGGGAAAAAACAAGGACGAAAUGCAGAAACAACAGGCUCUUGCUAGACAGCGCCUCUUGACACUAUGUUUCGAAGACAUGGAGACUGUUCGAAUGGUGCCCAAUACCCUAGCCGAACUCGACGCCGUCGCACGCGAGUGGACAAGACCGCCACCCGAUGCCAUGUUUUCUCUUCGUAUACCCGUAGAGUAUGCAUCUUUGAACGCUGCUCGCCUCAUUUCCGGUCCUUACAUCUAUCUUACCGGAGAAGACUCGUUUCAAAUCGCCCAAAUGGGGGUCCAGGGUUUGCGAGUCGAAAUUGUCAGCGAUGCACCCCCCCCGCCGGAUGAACCACCCCCACCACCCCCACCACCCGUUUUGGAGAUGCCGGCGACCUUCAAUCUAGAAUUAAUGCCCGGCCAACACGUUGCCCUCGACACCACCGUAUCGUCGGACGAACUAGAUAUGGCUCGGAUGGAAGAUGGGACUACAGUUGACGGCAUGUUUUGGGGUAAACUUGAUAUUGUCCAUCAAGGUGACACACACAAAAUGGAGUUCAGCGGGACUCGGCUGCAGAAUGAGCAAUAUACUCCCGAGUUUAUGUUUGAUUCUCGCGUCAUGACCAAGCUGGCUGUCGCUGCGAAGCCCACCACUGCGAGAUGUCAUCUCAGCCUUCUGACUCCCGACGUGCAAUAUUGUGAUGUCAUUCUCGUCUUCUCGCCUCUGUGGAAGCUGGGCAUUACGUGGCCUCCAGCAGAACAGGUGGCCGAUAAUAAGGUAAAAUACUUCUUGCGAGCUCAUCCUGGUGGCGCUAUGGAGCACUUUGAAAGUGAAAUGGUGUCGACGGCUUUGUACUACGAAGCAAUCCCUGAACCCGGCAUGAUGGAUCCUAACGACUACAUUGCCCCCCGUAACGGAUAUGCUAUGUCUUUCCGAGAUUUCAUUCCUCACCUCAUGAAUGUGUUGGAUCAGCUUGGGAUGUCUCUUUAUGCCCGCACGAAUUUUAUUAAUACCAAUAUGGGUGCUUUCUCAGCACACAAGAAUAUAGCCUAUCGAUUCCUUCCUCCUCCAAAGAUUGCCGCCGCUAUCGAUAUUUCUGUAACGUCAGACCCAUGUGUGUUUCUGCGGUUAUUUCUUAUCUGGCGAGGACUCUCCGAUGAUGAUGUUGGCAUCUUUGCCGGUGCAGGGGAGAAGGAAGCUAAUACGGUUAACUGGAGACAAAUUGUAGGGUGGACAGAGGAGUCAAAGGACUCGACUAUGUUCAGGGUCCUGGAAACAGCCGUGCUGGAGGUGACCUAGACUUUGGAACUCUUUUUCUUUUCCAUGCUUCUUUUUCUAUCUCUCUGCUCCAGGACACUACUUGUCACUAAUCGGGCGAUAUUACUGUUACUCUUGUCCCGUCCACUGUAGCCUUUUCUUUCUCUUGUCAUACUAGUCUGGUACCUCACGACCCGUCCACGGUUUCUUGAUGAUUUCAAUGUUCCAUUGCUCUGUGGUAUACGCUGUCUGUACCUAUAGUAAU